AUGGAGCGACUGCAAGAUAAACUGCGGCAGGAACGGACCAACGACCAGCCCAUCCUCAACCGGUGUGACUUCGACAUAGUCGAAAGGUACGUGGAUUCUUCGAGCGAGGAGGAGGACCAUCUCCCCGAGGAGCAACACGGGGCAGAACAACAACAGCUUCAUGAGGAACAACCGAAUGGCCGGGCCAGCCAGACGGGCGACCCCCCACGGCUGAGUUUCCCACCAGCCCUGCACCGGAGCGUGUUGAACUUGCAAAAAGACGACCUGGAGGAGAGGCUAAACCUCGGUGAAAUUUAUGGCGCGCUCGAUGCGGCAAGUCCGGCCAACACUAACAACCCUGCCAGUGCCGCCCAUCUUACCGGUGGAGGGAGUUAUCAGCACAGAAAGAGCGAACCGGUCAGACGCGAAAAGGUCAACAAUGGCGAUGUUCACAGAAACGGGGGAACGAAUGAACUGAAGGAGAAGCACCAAUUGACCUUCCAGCUGAACCAAAACGAACUAGCAAAACUGCAGUGGACAAACCCAGUGAGCGAUGAAGAGGUAAGAGAAAUAAAAAGUUUUAGUGAAGUCAAGUUGCAUGAAGUACGCUUCGAUUUUGAAGGAAAAUUAAGAAUACAAAUAAACGAAACGGAAAUGAAUAAAAAAAAAAAAAAAAAAAUCUUCAACCAUUUUGAUGGGCUAUAUCACCACAACGAUGAACCACUUAAUAGUGGCUACACUUUCCCAGAAAUGAUUUUUCUGUGUCAAAGUUCGAAUAGCAGUCAAGUCUGUAUAGCUCUGAAAAUUAUGACCAAUGUGUUUGUAAAUUCGCAUUUAAGAGUUUUCCCCUUUCAUGACGAUUUAAAAUCCGACCUUUACCGUGAUGAGAGUGCCCUCCCGACAAAGGACAAAUACUCCUUUGGGUUCACCUACAGAAGAUUUUCCACCUACCUGAACAGUGACUUAAACCUAUUUGACAAGCUCCUUUUCUUGCUCAGACAUUGCAGGAACAGGAACAUCGAAAUGAGUUCUGUCCAUUGCUUGGCUAGCUAUACCUUCCCCAACAAUGUUUGCGCGUUGAGGGAGGACGUGGUGUUUGAUUACUGGGGGGAACGGGACUCCCCCGUGCUCAAAUUCUUUCACGACUAUGAGGCGUUUUCCUAUCUGGACUUUUUCAGUGACGCUGCCUUCCUCUUCGAAGGGUGUAACGUCUAUUUUUACGACACGCGGAAGGGGGGGUCAGCUAAAGUACCUACUGAUGAAUGUGAGGACAAAUCUGCUAAAGAGUACGAGGAGGAGGGUACCUCCCCCGGUGAAGUGAAACUGGGCGGCGAAGAGACGGGGCACUCCCCGAACGAAUCUGCCCAGUGGGGAGGCAGCGACUGGUCCGACGUGGCCAAGAAGUUAGAAAAGGGAAACAUAGCAAAAAGGGAAAAGGGCGCAAACGGGGGAGAACACCCCAAUCUGAUGAUAACAGAAGUGCCCAUAGAGGAAGAACUCAUCGCCCACCUCGAACCGCUCAGCAGUAUAACGGACGACUUACAAGAGAUGCAAAAGAUAAAUGUUAAAAUGGUACACCUGGGAGGUUUUCACGCAUACUCACAUGAGGACAUCCUCACUAAUAUAAGCACCAUUCUACAGAACAAUUUCGGCGUGGUCCAAGUGGAAAACAGUUGUGUAUGCCUUUUAAUAGGUCUCCUGUGUAGGCGUAGACAGCAAGUGAACCUACUCACAUGUACAGACCUUAUAGCUAACUUGGAAAGAAUAUACGAAUCGAAGAUAAUAGGAAGCGAAUUAAACAAACAGAGAGAAGAUGGAAAAAUAAACCAACCGGAUUAUGUCGAAACAAAUUUUACAUACAACUUAAUAACGCUGAUAAAGUAUGUCAUCAUAUACAAUUACGAUAAGGACCUCUUGCAGAAAUUUAAAGUCCUUUCGUUUUUGCUAUUCUAUAGGAGCCUUCCUUUUAUUCAAAAUGGUGAGGACAAAAGGGAGGUCUUUUUUUUGGGAAGCGAAGUUUUGAAGGUGUGUAGACUGUUACUCUUUUGCAACCUAUACGUAGAACCCGUUGACUAUUUUCAUGACCUGAUUAAUCAUCUACACAAGAAGGGCAUCCAUGAUGAUCAUGAUGAUCGUGGGGUUUACAAAAAGUUUCUCUCACAAGUGUAUUUGUAUUUAGCCACGUACAACAUUGUGGGGAGGAGUGUCGACUUGUCGGGAUUCCUGUACACGAACAAAAUUAUAAACACGCUGCAGAUGCAGGUGAAAACUCUUUUUCGACAGGAAGGGAUGAAUGGGGAUCCGGAUGUGCCCACCGACGACACGCCAGUUAUAUGUGUCGAUAGGCAAAAAAACAAAUGGGACUUCGCCCACUUGUGCAACCUGCAGUUAAUUCACCAGUGUGGAGUUUACCUUUUUUCUGUUUUCUGGUCCAUGAGGAGGAAGCACCUCAUUGGAGAAAAAUAUGUUGGGAAAGAGAAUGUAGAAGCAGUGCUGGAAACGCUCCAGGUGUUGCUCAGAGCGGUUAUCGAUCAGUUUCACGACUUGUUAGAAGUUUACACGUGGGAGCAGCAGCAGAAGGAGCCGUCGACGCACCCUCGGAAGGACGCUUCCUACCAGAACAUCAUACAGACGAUUAUUCGCCGCAUGAAGGAGGGCCCCCUCCCCUUCAACUACGUGAUUUACAAAAACGAAAUCGACUUGCAUUUCUUCUUUGUCAUUCUUCUCCAAAUAUUGAACAUAAUUUUGCUCAUUGUUUUGGAGCUUCCAUUUUUUUCUCCCGAUAAAAGGGACCACACAACACUGAAGUUUUUGAAACGCAUUGCUCAAGAUGUUGCUAAGUUCGAAGAGGACACACUGGUUCACUUCAAAAAGGACAUUUUUCACAUGGAACAUGUGCAAGACUCGUAUAGCCUUCUCCUACCCAUGUCGUACCUUUUUUACAACAUUCACGGUUUUACGGGGGGAACGCACCUCAUGUGUAGUCACACCGAUCAGCCGGAUGGAGACGCUGUGGAGAGGUUACUAUACUCCCUGAGCUUUUGUUCAUCCGUUCCGUUAAGUUACUUCUCUUUGAGGGCAAUUUUCACGACCCCCUCUCCAGGAAUUAUCAGCCCAGGGCGAGAGACAAACGGGGGCAUUUCUUCUUCACAAAAUUGUGAUCACUUCGGUCACGCUUCCUCUGAGGAAAUGGGCACUUUCCCCGAAAGAUCAAAUGAGCGUAAUAAGAGAAUGAUCGAGGAGACCCCUCCAACGGGGGGUGACCAUGUGGACAUCCCGAAGAACAUCAUACUUUUCCUAAGGAAGUACAUCCAAGGGAAAUUUCUGCUUUACCACAGCAAGAAAAAUAUCUUCCUGCUUCUACUUAAGAAUAUAUUUAGGGAGUGCAAUCGGAAAUGCGGGGAACAAGAACGAGUGGAAUUUCCCCACGAGGGGGGAGGCACCGAGAGGAAGGACGCACUUGUCCAUUCGGUUUUCAAAUUUUUACUGAACAGACACAUCAUCCAUUUUAUCGGAAAGCACAUGGACGUAUCCAUUUUUUUUAAAUACUUUAUUCAAAUAUUUAUCGUCAAUGAGGGAAAAUGCAUUGGGGAUUCCCUGGGUGAGAAGAUGGAAGUUUAUUCGCACUUGGUGCGCAUAGCAGAGGAGUACAUUUUUAAGCGGGUUGCCUGUUCAGACAGCGAGGGGGAGCAUCCCCUCCUUGUACACGAUAUACACCGAGUUGUUAGUGAUUUUGUGAGGGACAAUCCCCCUAAUGAUGGUAACUGCGAAAGUGCCAACACGGAGGAUGGUCCAGGCGCACACUCCCUGGACAUACACGUGAAGCGUUUACUACAAACAAACAGAAGAAGCAUAAAAGGAUGCAUUUGGCAAAAAAAAAUACAGAUCAGUACCCAGCUGUCCGUAGCUAUAUUUGAAAAAAUUAUUGAAUCUUUUAAAAUGGCCUAUUUCUUCAGCCCCCUGAUGUUUGCAAUUUUAUUUUUCCUUUCGUCUACGUCAUUUCCAGAGGAAUGUCGAAACGUGUUUUACAGAGACACAGAUUUGUUAAAAAUUUUGUCAAAAAAUGUAUUCAUUCGUUUUUCUGAUGAUGGAAAGGACUACAUUGUUUUUACUACGUCUACAUGUUAUGGGAGGGAAGAAACAAAUUUUUUAAUUGACCUGACACCACUUUUCCCGUCCAUUUUUUCCCUCAUGUUGGACGACUCAAAAGCAGACUGGUUCGCUCCCAGUAUGCACAACUACUUCACAGCUCUACGUUCGCAGUAUCCCUACCCUAGUUUGUUGCACUUCCUCUUUUAUGUUAGUACAAACGGGAUGUGA